AUGACAGUUUCUUCCAACCCGACAGAUGAAAGUUCGCAUCCAUCCGGUCUUCUUGCAUAUGAUGUACUCCAAAAUUACCAGGACUUCGACUCGAUGAUGUCUGAUGCGAAGUUCACUGCUGAUACUAGAACCGAUUUCUACGACCGCAGUCUGACAGGUCGCAAUUGCGCCCUUGUUGGAGUGGCAUGCUCGGGCAUCUUCAGCUGCUCAUGCAUCGUUGGAAGCAUUGUCAUUCUAGCCAAACACGGAAUCUACGGUGUAGCCGUGCCCAACCUGAUCAAUCUUGAGACGGCGACGUUGUUGCAGUCUCAGUCGUCUCGGUUGUUCCUGCAGAGGGAGAUAUUGACCCUGGCACUUGACUUGAUCGUCACGUUAUGCACUGAGUCCAUAGGCUUCGUACACGGCAUCUCAUUGCGCUCUGCGCUAGCCUCAGAAUCUCGGCUUCGUUUCAAUACCAAUUUACGCCUUCUGACCGCAGCUAGUAGAUGGUAUAACCCUAACGGCGCCCUGCUUAACGGUAUCUCGGCUGUCCUCCUCAUAAUAUCCUACAGCUCGGUCUCACUCGUCGUAUGCUUGGAUGAUCAAUACAUAUUAUCAGCAGAGGGUAUUGCCUUCGCAGGGUUACCUCUCCUCAUUUUGGGCGUCGCACUCCUGCUCCAGGUGAUGAUCUCAUUGUCAGGGAUACGGGCUGUCAAAAUAUUGACGUGGAGCUCCUCACCUUUCGACCUGACCGCUGCACUAGUCCACCACACGCAAUUGACCCCGGUCACUUUGCGGUGCAUGCGUCGUGUGUCUGACCUAGACACGGGUGGAGGUCCAGCGAAGCCGCCAGAGACGCAGCCCUCGGCGUGGCAUGCUCACCCUAGCAUCCGGAAAGUUAUCGUUUCUCUUUGGGUGAUUGUUGCAGCAUGCGCUGGAUGGGCCGCACUCGUCAUGUAUAUCUGGGGCAAAUACGCCGGCAAGGGUUUCAUUCUCCCCGAUGCGCUGACCAUACAAACGUGGUCGUUCUUGCCAAACACCCUGGUGACCAAUUACAUCGGGUAUGAUAUGCCGGCUGUCAAUCUUCUGGCAUGGAUUCUGCUCUAUCUCAACAUAGCAGUUGUUCAGGGACCGUUGACGCUUGGGCUGCAUUGCUCAGAGCUCGUCGCGAAUCCUUUCCUGCAUUGGAUGUUUGGACUUUCGUUUACCGUAUCUCCUGGCGUAAAUGAGGGGCAACUAUUAGGGUUCUCGGUAAUCAUGUUGACUGCCCAGAUCUGGAACUUAUGCAUAGCGCUGUUUAUAUUUGCCUGCUUCUUCACUUUCGUCGCACUGGGCCGACCGCGCGGUCCCCAGCCUGCUGCAUACGGUCACGUUCAGACGCUCGCUAACCUCGUGGACGAGUGGUCGCCUGUGAUGUGGUGGGGACACAAGGAGGACGGAAUUCCGUACUGUCAUGCUGGUGGGGUAUUUAUAUGCUCACAAUGCUACUACUCUGACACUUCUGAAAAAGGGACGAGCGAUCACCCGCUCCCGGAUGUGAAGAUGGACUGCGUUUACGCUGGUUUUGGUGCUGGGUCCCUGGUACCUGUCUCGUGA